AGCAUGCUUGCACAGACAUGCCCCUUCCUCGCGUCUGUUGAUGACGCCAACCAGCUCCCAUUGGUCGCCUCUUGUUUCUUGGGUUCGGUUGCGGUGCAGAGAACGCCCAACGUGUCAAUCGGCGCUCAAGAUAUCCAGUAACUCCUUGCAGUGGACUGGUUUGAUCAGACUACUAUAACCCACCGCUGCUUACAUUUAAAUCCCCGGCAAUGGACAGCAUUAAAGACGGGUGGUUCACCGAAACAUGCACAUUAUGGCCUGGUCAAGCGAUGAGUCUUCAAGUGGAGGAGGUGUUGUAUCAUAAAAAAUCGAAGUUCCAGGAUGUAAUGGUUUUUAAAAGUAAAACUUAUGGAAAUGUGCUGGUUUUGGAUGGAGUCAUCCAAUGCACAGAACGAGAUGAAUUUUCUUAUCAAGAAAUGAUUGCCAAUCUACCUCUCUGCUGCCACCCUUGCCCAAAGAAGGUUCUCAUCAUUGGUGGAGGAGACGGUGGUGUCCUGAGGGAGGUUGUCAAGCAUCCGCUGGUGGAGUCUGUUGUUCAGUGUGAAAUUGAUGAGGAUGUAAUAAAUGUCUCCAAAAAGUAUCUCCCUGGAAUGGCAAAAGGCUUCUUCAGCCCCAAACUCACUCUGCAUGUAGGUGAUGGCUUUGAAUUUAUGAAAAAGAAUCAGAAUGCUUUUGAUGUCAUCAUCACAGACUCCUCAGACCCUGUCGGUCCGGCUGAAAGCUUGUUCAAAGAGUCUUACUAUCAGCUCAUGAAAACGGCACUUUGUGAGGGAGGAAUUCUCUGUUGUCAAGGAGAGUGUCAGUGGUUGCAUUUGGAGCUAAUCAAAGAAAUGCAGACCUUCUGUAAGACCCUCUUUCCUGUAGUAGACUAUGCAUACUGCACCAUUCCAACAUAUCCAAGUGGACAAAUCGGCUUCAUGCUUUGCAGUAAAAAUCUGAAAACAAAUUUCCGUGAGCCAGUACGAGAACUACCAAGAGAAGAGAUUGAGAGCAUGAACCUCAAAUAUUACAAUCCUGAAAUCCACCGUGCGGCAUUCAUCCUCCCAGAAUUUGCCAGAAAGGUACUAAGUGAAGUGUAAAUGGCUUCAUGGGUGCCGUCUUGUCAACAAUCUGCCUUCUGUGAAAGCAGAACAAAACCCUCUCCACAGCUGCAGUAGCUCCCACACCGCAUCCCUCUCCGUCAAUGGACUGCUAAUGGACAAGAGCAAAUGCCUUCUGUGGGGAAAUUCAGUUUGUCUGUCCAGUUCCAUCAGUGCUUCUGUCUUAUGAGUUCUGAGUUUUUUAAUUUCCUUUUACAAUUCCACUUCCCACAUCAAACCUUCAGAACUGUACAAACUGACAAUCAUGCAUGUUCUGUGACAGAUUCCACAGUCUUUCUCUUACUCGUGUUGAGUAUGAAAAAGAGUGCAACGUUCCACUACAACUGUCUUAUUUGCCGUUAAUUAAAUAAGCAUGCAGGUAUUUUAAAUGAACUGCAUAUCAUCUCUAUAAACCCUUUCGAAGACUUGAGGUCAGUAACAAUAAUAGAUUUGCUUUUCAUGCUGUAUUAAGGUUUCAAAUUAUGGAUCACUUUAUCAACAGUACACUACUGUCAAACCUAAACCUAUUUAGUAUUGCUAUUAUUUCUAAAACUACUACUCUAAAGUCUGUACAGAAGAUGCUUAACGUAACUAGCAAAACUAUUAGCUAUUUUCUGCAGUUAAGAGUAUCUAACAUUUAAAUGGUUUGUGUAAGGUGGCAUAUGGGCUCCCUCUCUGUGAGUGACUUUGUGUGCUCUGGGUCUCCUGAACAAGUCUGAUUACAUGAUGUGAUUUUUUUUUUUUGUAGAGCAAAUGGUGUUUGGUAUGCAGCCUUUUUGAGUGAUAUGCUAUAUUGUAUUGCAAACGUAUGCUUAUGGUCAAUGGACUCUUAUGAUGGAACGAUUUUGCGGUGUCUUUUAACAUUAGAAUUACUGGAAUUCUCAAACAUCGAGACAUUGUCUUAAUAUUGAAUAUAAUCAUGGCGGUAUACUUUACGACAAAAUAACAGUAUUUGAUGGAUAGCUAAAGAUCUUUUAAGGAUUGUUGCAUAGGACAAACUAUUUUGUACUCUUGUCAAGUUUAACUGUAUGGAAGAGGGUUUAUUUGUCCAUUUACCAUUUAAUGUUUAUGAUGUAAAUUUCAUUUUGCCAAUUUCAUAAAUUGUUUUGAAAUAAAAAUUAUGUA